GUUGCGAGCCGCGCGCGGUCCGCCCGCUUCUCUUGUGCUUCGUAUCGUCACGUAAACGCGCGCCACGCAGUGCUACGGGUGACACGCACCGAGUCGCUGGAACAGUGAUUGGGAGAUCCUCGAUCUACCAAGUAUUGUGAAAAUUAAAAGAAAAAGAAAGAAAGAUAAAUGUAGAGUACCGGUUAAUUCGGUGUUUAGAUUAUCUAUAAAGACUGGUUCGGGAACAGAAGAAGGGAUUUUAGUGUUCGCGGAAGAAUGAUCCGGUGGGUCUGCGAUCGAUAGUGGAUCGCAUCGAAGAAUUUCCGACUCGUGAAUCCAGUUUAUACGGCUGCUCGAUAGCUGACGGAUCAUAAGUUUCCGAGAGCUCAGACAUCAGGGGGAUUGAAAAGCGUGCGCGUGUGAGUGUGUGUCCCGCUAUGGCCCGCUACGAUUGAGUCUGUCGCGACGCUCUUUCGUAUCGCCCGACGUACACGAUCCAAUCCCGGAAUGAUGAUCCGCGACUAUCUGAUGCUACUCUCGUGGCUGUGCGCGGUGCAAGGAAAAAUAGGGUAUUUCUGGCACAUCACCGACAUCCACUAUGACCCCAAGUAUUCUACCCAGGGAAACGCAGCGAGCAUGUGCUGGAACACAAGGAGCAGCGGCGAUAACGGGCGGAUACGGGCCAACAGAAAGCAGGCAGGAGAGUUCGGCGACUAUAGCUGCGAUUCACCGUGGGCCUUGAUCGAAUCAGCGGCGAGGGCAAUGAGAUCGCAUCGCGGCGAAGGAAUCGAAUUUGUCCUCUGGACGGGUGACGCGCUGACGCGCACCGCUGGCAUGAGCGCCGAGCUGCGUCUGCAGUGUUUGCGGAAUUUGACCGAUCUGUUGUCUCGCACGUUUAAGGAACAAUUUGUGUUUCCGGCGCUCGGACACGAGGACAUCGGAGUAAGCUUCUCGCAGCUCGCUGUGUUCUGGCAGCAAUGGCUGCCGCAGGAGGCUUUGGACACGUUUCAAACCGCCGGAUAUUACACGAUAGAGCAGCGCUCGAAAAAGUAUCGAAUCAUCUUCCUCAACACAAAUUUGUGGUUGAACACAGCCGACAACCAUACAUUGCAUCGCUCUGGAAGCACGAUCCAUAACACGCUCGAUCCUUUCGGUCAAUGGAACUGGUUCGAGUCGACCCUCGACAAUGCUCGAAGGAAGGAGGAAACGGUUUAUAUCGUUGGUCACACGCCACCAGGAGUCGAUGAACGCGAGAGCGGCGCCGCUGCCCUCAGCGGAAGGCACAACGCCAAGUACCUUCGAUUGGUCAGCCUCAACUCGGACAUCAUUCGCGGGCAAUUCUUCGGUCACUGGCACUCCGAUACUUACCGCGUAGUUUACAGCGAUACAGGUCUGCCGGUAUCUUGGAUAAUGAUGGCACCCAGUAUAUCGCCCAGCACGCCUGGAGGCCCCAACAAUCCAGGUUUGAGACUGUACAAGUUCGAAACUAAAACCGGCCAGGUCCUGGAUUAUACGCAGUACUAUCUUAAUCUGCCGGAAGCGAAUUCAAUCGGGAAGGCAAACUGGGUGGUUGAGUACUCCAUGCUCGACUACUACGAGCUUCAGGAAAUAACGCCGAUUACUCUUCACGACUUGGCCGACCGAUUCACGCAAUCCAAUGAUUACGCUUUCGUCAGAUAUUACGCUGCCAACACGGUCUCGCUGCCGCGGGAAGUCGAGCAAAUUUGGGGAUGCGGCGGCCCUCUGAACGGUGCCUGCGCCCUCCAUCACUACUGCACGGUCACCAGGCUGAACCCCGAGUCCUACAAAGAGUGUUACUCGUCUUACGCCUACCCGUUGGCCUCCACCGCCCUCUCAACGGCGCCCCAGUACUUCUCACUGCAUCUGCUUGUCCUGGUCUGCGCGGAGCUGCUCAGAAAUCGGUAGGUUACGACCACGGGCGUUGCUACGGAAGGCAGACGCGCGUCCUCGCUAGCAAUCGCGCGCGAUUUUCGCCAAGGUCGUUGUUGGAUCUUCCCGUCGACGUCCGCCUCGAGGUGGUAGAUCGGAGGGAGAGAGCGUCGAUACGCGUGUUGCGUCUCCUCGUCUCCGUCAGGCAUGUCCAAACCGAAGCUACCUGAAGCUCAGGCACCUUCCCUCCCACCCACUCUGUCCCGUCAACGCGGUACCAAAAUGGCACUGAGGCCGGUGUGCCGCGUCCCACGACACGAACGUCCGCCGUAAAACUUUAGCGUAUCGUAUUUUUUUGCUUUACGAGCGUAACGUUCGGCCGGAAGCGGAACCUCGUCGAGUUUCUCUGCUUUUUCGCGGCGAGUGGCUCCGCCCGUGGACAUGCCGUGGCGAUUUAGCGAGAGGCCUGCCAAAGUUGCAAUCUCUUGUAUCCCUUUGUACUUUCGAUAUAAUAUUCAAAGAAUUUGAUACGUUUGAAAUUUAUGGGCAUUAUGGACUAAUCAAAACUGAACGCCAUUAGCAAACGGAAGUUAUGUAUCGUUCCAACAAUUUACAAAUUAAGAGGAAUUUUUAACGUAGAAGAAUUGGGAUAAUGUAACGUCUCUUUCUAUAUUGAUACCCUCAUCGUCGAAGUUCAAUUUGCAUCGCUUGAAAUAUUCCUACUUUACUUUAAGGGGGUCUUCUACUGUAAACCGCCAAAAGUUCCAUUUUUUCCUCCAUUUUCUUAAAAUAUACAGUCUUAGAAAUAUCUGUGCAAAAGCAUAUCACCGAACUUCUAAAGUUAUACCUGUUUAAACGGUCUGAUCCUUCUGUUUAAAUGCGUUUUUUUCAAAACUAUCUUUUCCCAAUUGGCUUUUAUGAUAUCUCAACAUCUACUUGACCGAUUUCGUUCAAAUUUAGCGUGUAACUUCAGUACAAGUGUCGCUAUAGCCUGUACUAAAAUAAAGUCAAAAUCAAGUUAGCCCUUAAGUAGAUUAUAAUUAUUGUUUAAAUUUAUGUAAUUCUCCAUUAGUUCAUUAUUUUUUAAACGCUUUAAAGGAAAGUUGAUUUCCAUUUACCAAUCUAGUAAAAAUCAACGUUAAGUAAAAUAAUUCAGUUGUUACGAUACAUUUCGUUUACACUUAGUAACGAGGUCUGUUUUUCGUCACAAGUUAUAAUGCAAACAGAUCUGACCUGAAAUAAUAUAAACUCUAGACGUAAGUUUUACGGUGCUGAAGCAGUGCCAGAAAAGGCAGUCGAGUUUCGGAUCUCGAGCUGUGAACUUGUAAAACAUUUUAACCGUGCUUUCCUGAAAAAGUUAUAUUUUGUGGUAUUGAAAUCAUUUUCGGGUAAGUUUUAUACGCGUGACUAAAGAAUGGUGUACUUGUCAAAAGACUACUUCCUCGCGAAGUUUGUACUCAUUACCACGAAAGGCGUGUAUUUAAUUUGACUAAGAGAUUUUAUUUAAAUAAUUUUUUACAUAAACAUAAUUAUUUUAAAAAUCCAUCCUCGAAAAAGUUUGAAUACCACCGUAUUAUAUUUUCACGAACGGAUUAGUUUAUUGUGCAGCACAAUUCAAUAUCGGCACAAUUCGAUUACUAUGCCCCGUUUAGUUCGAAUUGGUGCAUGUUUUUCGUGUUUCAUUCCCUUUCCGCGUUAUUGGUAUGCCGUAUAAUAUCGUCACUGAUUUUAUCGUAAUAAGUGAAAAGAGGAAUAUAAACUUCCCAGAGCUUCUGCAGUGCAACGUUAAAUCCAAGUUUCGCGAGCGUUAAAUGUUCGCUAAAUUGUUGCACGACGAAGGGCACGAUAAUACCGAAAACAAUGUUUUAAAUAUAAAUUUAAAUAAGCAGAUUACAAAAGUAAUCUGUCCCAUUUUCUGCUCGUUUAAGCGAAGUGGCUGCACCGGAGUUAAAACUUUAAACUUUCAUUGCAGAGCAUAACUUGCCCACCUAUAUCUCUUUCGGAUCAUUUGCUUGGUCUUGUUUGAAAUACUUGUCGGAACUUUAAAAUUAUCAAAGACAUUAAGCAUGUGAGGAUCAAAGGAACUUUCACGUACCAUAAUGUCCUUGAUCUUUCUUCGAUGAACUUACUUUUCAAUUACUUAUGGGUUUCUCGUUGGUUAUAGUUGAAUACAUUGAUAUAUUUGCAAUUAAAGAACUCAGUUUGAUAAAUAUUUAAUUCUUUUAGAAAUUAAUUGAGCUGCAGAAACCUUUUCCGAACAACGUAAUAUUUGUUUUGCAAACAUAAUUAGCUUUGCAAGUGAUAACACCGUGGUAGAGGCGAAUGUUCUUACCCUUUUGGUCCAAAAGCUUGUUCAGACGAGUAAAAAAUAUUUACCAUUUUCUGUCGAAUAGAUCAAAGAAAUUGUUAAUAUAUUCAAAGUUUCAGAUUCUUUCGAAAUGUUGUUAAAGGAUGCUGGGGGUCAGUAGCCUGCUUUUAAAAUAAUUCUUUACGCUUGGCUUUUGCCGUAUUAAAAACAUUGAAAAAUCCAAUUACUGAAAUGUGCUAUGCAUUCUUAGCAUAAAUUUUCUCUGAUUUGAAUAAACUUGGAGUUUCGGAGCAGGUACCUACGGAACGUGCCAAUUAAAAAAUUGCCCCGGCAACAGUGUCAAAGAGACCAAUUCCAUACACAGAGAAGGAUUGAAAUUUAAUGACUCGUCACAAAUUAAUUAAUAGGAUUUUCUGUCUUUGGCAAGAUUACAAUGUCUUUGCAAUGAAAUGAAAGAGAAGGGUUGGUAAAGAAAUCGAUGUUGAAAGACCGACUUUAUAAUCAAAAGGAUGUAUAUGACUUUUAUGUAAAAUUGGAUAUUUUUCGAUCGGUGAUUUUGAUACUUCGAUAAAAUCACUUUGGCAGACCUGCUCGUAACCGCGGGGGGAUUCGUCGAUGAAAAUGACCGUGUAUCGAGGUUUCCAGGCGCGAUGGUCGCCUUCAGCGACGGGGCGCGGGCACAACGAUCGAACGAUCGUUUAAUUACUCGGUCCGUGGAAUUUCACGGUCUCGAGCGCAAUUGGCAUCCGGUUGGUGGCGAGUAGCUCGACAGUUAUGGUCGGAGCUUACCGCCGCGACAUUCGGUGCGAUGAUCCAGGGCCGUGACAAGGCAGGGACAGAAGGGGUAUGUGACCCUGGGUGCCGUGUAACAAAGACCCAAAAACGAGCUACUUUGAAAGGAAAGAAAAAAUAAAUUAUUUACUUCGAUACUUUACGUAUUAUUUGUGAAAUAAUACAGUAAGUCCUCCACUGACGCGGUCGAUUUGUUUCAAAGCUUUCUGCGUAAGUCAAACUAUACAGGAUGCUCCUAGGUUGAAUGGUCGAACUUGAAAUGCCAACGGAGGAUUUUGAAAUCAAGAAAAUUUCUUAUGGAAACGAACAACGUCGAAAUUUUCUUUGUUUCGAGAUCCUUUUACAUUUCAACUUUGCUUGGUUUGAUUUGUGGACACCCUGUAUAAACAUGACGAAUCGCGGGGAGAAAAAAAGAUGAAUUCUGGAUUUAAAAGAUUGUGAUUGAAGGGAAUAUGGAGAGCGUGGAGUAAUUUUUUAUUAGUCGCAAGCUUUAUGAAGACUGACCACGACGUCUGACCCAAUACGUGUCGCAACCCCUUUCAGGACUGAUCUUUCUUUCUGUCUACGAUGCGUUCGGUACACAAUCGUAGUCUCGAAAGUUAAUGAAAGUUAAGCAGAUCCAUGUGCACUCUAUAAUGGGAAAAAAUAAUUGAAGCCAAGAAAACUUUAUUUAAUAUACAUAUAAAUACGUACAUUUAUACAAGAUAUGUGUAUGGACGCGAAUGCGGGCACAACCUCGUUUCUACGAAUCCGCGUACCUUGAAACCGCGUAGCAUAAGGACUCACGUUUUCUAUUUAUUUUAAUAAACGAUUAUAUGGAACUACAUGUUGCAUUUUUAUAUCGGUAAUUAUUAAUGCUUGGACAACGGAUGCCAAGUCGAAUACAAACCGAGGAUAAAUUUCUUUUAUUUUACACUUUUCGUACUUGUACAUAAUGAACGAAAGGAGAAAAUAUAUUUAAUACAUAAAUGAAUUCUCCUCCGAUGGGAUGCGUACGAAAUAUUUCUUUCUAAACUAAUACAUAACUAUUACAAAUAUUCUUUUCAUUUUUGGAACGAUAUAGUUCAAUUUAGAUUUCCGUCAAUAACAAGGUAAAAGUGAAAGAGAAAAAUUAACUCGCUCGAAAUCCACUGUCCGAGAAUUAAAACUUCCAGUCUUUUAAGUUGCAAUAAUUUUUCUUAUCGGUCUAUUUUUAUCAUAUUUUUGUCCACGGUCGUACCAAAAAUGGUAAAAUUCGAUUUUCUUUCGAAAAAUUCGAGAUUGAAUUUCUUUUACGAUAGCGAGGCAAGGUACCCAUAAAUGUAUUAUAUAUUAAUCGUAAAGGGUGCCGUAUUCCAUUGUUGUCCUGGGCGCCAAAGUACCUGGGCACGGCCCUGCGAUGACCUGACGCGGCCGCGAAACGAGAGGGUGACUGAGGGUCCUCGGAUGAGAAUCGUUUUUUGGAAAAAUAACAAAAAAAAAAAAUCAUUGAUGUUGUACUUACUUCUCUUAAACGUUCGGUGUACGGUGUUUUAACACGAGAGAAUAUUAUAACGCGCCGCGCGCCGAAAUCUGACAGCGGGACACGAGCAACGACGCGAGAAAGAGUGAAUUGCGACGUGCAGAACGCACGAUCGAUCCCACGAAGCCGCUGACACUUAUUCGGCGACGUCGCGCGACUUCGGUCCAUUCUUGACUGGACGCGAAGUCGACG